GUAAUGCUGGGGAAGAUACAAAACCUAAACUUCCGGUGGCACAAAGUGUGCUCAGCAGCAGUCGGAAACUUUCAUAGAGAUACGCCGCCAUGCCGAGUUAUGAAAUGUCAUUGAUCAUAAAGGCUGCUUUGAAAAGACCUGAAUUGAGUCAUGUCAUACGCAGAACAUGUGAAUCGCUGAUCGGAAAAGGAGGAAUAAUAAGGUCAAUGGAAAACCUGGGUCUUAGACCCUUACCCUACAAAAUGGCAUGUCAAGGCAAAAAACAGACAGAAGGAAACUACGUUCUCAUUAACUUUGACAGUUCCACAGAGUCUGUUACGAAUAUCCAAGACGACCUGAAGAGAGAUGUGGACAUCAUUAGACCCAGCAUCCUCCGCCGGGAUGAGGACUUCGUGCGGCCAUGUUUGAGGGGACCGUGUUUAUUCAAUGAGCUGCCGAACCCUGACCACGAGAGACGAGUGUGGAAGCGGAGGGUGCUGAAGAAGGUUCACAUGACCCGCAAAGAUAAAGAGAGAUUGUUAUAGCAUGUGUCCAGCUUAGAUUGUAGGCAUUUAUCAUUGUUUAUACUUUAUUGUAUUGUGUUUUUAGUAUCUACUACGUUAACAAUCAUGUCGAGACUUUGACAAGAGAUUUGCAACACGAAUGUGAUGUCCAAGGUAGAAAAGUGUUGAAAUGUUCCAGUAGAUAUGUGUGUGGAAAAUAUGUUUGUCAUCAUCAUAAAGGCCACAUCAAUUUAAA